CUGUACAGAGAUGUGGCAUGAGUUUGAAAAAGCCUACGUGAACCGGGACCCUUGUAAGAUCCCCAUCAACGCCUAUGACUCUUUAGUUGCUGCGGCGCCCUUUGAACACAGCAAAACGUUGUUCUGGAGUAAAACAAAGAAUCUGGUCCGUGACUUAACUAAGAACAGGGAUGAUGUCAAUUUGGAGAAAACUCUGCUGGGAUCUGUGCUGGAUGGUCUGACCUGGUGUGGAAAGAUGGGCAGCAGAGAAACAUUCACUAAAGGCUGCCCAGAGUGGAAGGAAUGUGAGAACAAUCCUCCUCGCUCUUUUUGGAAAAGACUCUCAACUGCUUUUGCAGAUUUUGCCCGUGAGGAUGUCACAGUAAUACUAGACGGAUCAAUCGACACACCAUUUGAUCCUGAAAGUACUUUUGCAACAAUUGAGGUGAAGAGGAUCAAAUACCCCAAGGUGAAAAGCCUAACAGUUGUUAUUGUCCCUCAAAAGUCAAACUGCAAUAUUGAAUCUUUAAAGGCUUUAAAGAGUGCGCUGGUUCAAGGAAUAACAUAUAACUGCAAGGAAGUGACUAAAGCUCAGAUCAAGAAGUGCAGCUCCGAUCCAAAGAGACCCAUUGGGAAGUGUUGGUGAUGACGUGUGAAUGUUGUGCACCGACAGAAAUGUUGAGAUUUAUGUUGUUUUUUGGUUGUAUUGUCUUCCACUUCCUGUUUUGUUUUGUCACUCACCGUUUACCUGUCAUUCCAGACUCAUCAGCACCAGCCCCGGCCCUGAUUGUUUCCACCUGUGUCUUGUUACCCUGUGUUUAAAUUCCCCAGUCUCCCAGUGUUCAGUGUCAGUUCGUUUUUGUCUUUUGCCAUGGUCAGAUCUUUGCUCUUGUCUUUUGCCACAGUCAGGUCUAUGCUCUCUAAGUGCUCUUGUGAAAGUUUUGAUCCUCACUACGUGAGCAUUUUCAUUUUGUUCUCCAUUUUUGUAGAGACCAUUUCUUUGUUGUUCAUUUUUGCUGUUCUUGAACAAAUAAAGUAUCUUACAAAUACUUUACCUCUGUCUCCCGGGUCGUGCAAUUGGGUCCUACCUCCUAAGUGUCUGAGUUCUUAACAGUGAACUCAAUAUCAGAUUGGACUGUGUGACAAA